AGUAGUGUCAAAUGCUUUUCUCAUUGCUGUCAAGCCAAUGUGAUCGCUAACUUGUGCGUGGUGUAUGUUUCCUGCAGUGUUUUUUUCUAAAUAACCUACAAUUUGAGUUAUUUACUCGCCUGAAUAUCUUAACAAAGUUAUAAUGAAGCGAAAAUCUUCUACACUACAAGAAGAUGAAGAGAGGGUUUCACAGCUGCUGUUUAAUAAAUCACAAAAACUUGUGGAUAGCUUAAAUCCCAAGCUUGAAGAAGAACAGGAACUGAAUCUGACACCAGCAUGGGUUGAUGAAGAUGAUGAAAACAUUAGUGCCAAAAGUGAUGUCAACACAAAAAGUGCAAUUUUGUACAAAGAAAAACUUAAACAGAAAUAUGAGAAUUUAAUGGGAACUCCAAGCUGGGCCAAACUCAAUGAUAAAAGCAAAGAAGAAGAUGAUAAUGAAGAUGAAAUAUUAAGAACUGUAGGCCACUUGCAUAAAAAGAAAUCGAAGUCUCUCCCGAAAAGCGUUUUAAACAUUAAACCCUUGCCAAAGUUGGUUGCGGCAGGUAAUUGUAAACCAGGGGUUGUGGCCUGUGUUGAGUUCCACCCUACAAUAAGUGCAGCUGUUGUUGCUGGGCACACUGGUGUUGUAUCAUUAUUCUCUGUAGGUGGGAAGGAAAAUACCCAGUUACACAGAUUUAGAUUGAAACAAUGGAAAAUUAAUGCUCUGCAAUUCACUCCAGACGGCUCGGAAGCAAUGAUCACUUCUAGCACUAACCAUGCAUUCUGUGUAUACAACCUCGUAAAGGCUGAGCACAAGUUGUUUCAAUUACCACAAGUAGUAAAACAUCCAAUGUUUUUAAAGAUAUCAAGUGAUGGUAAAUUCAUGGCAACUUCUGAUGGAUAUUAUGAGGUAUACUUGUUAAGCACUGCCUCUAAAGAACUACUAAGAACUCUUAAACAUAAUUCCAGAGUGGUAUCAGUCAUAUUUAGUCAUGACUGCACACAACUGUACUGUUACAGUAGGGAAGGUGAAAUAACUGUUUGGGACCUAUCAACUUACCGACCCUUGAAAAAGUUCCAAGACGAAGGUUGUGUAACUGGCUCUUGUCUGACCACAAGCCCUUGUGGAAAACUUCUAGCAGCAGGAAGUGGAGAGGGAAUUGUCAACAUUUAUCAGACAGAGAACCUUACUGUCACCGAGCCAACACCAUUGAAGGUUAUUUCGAAUUUGUCUACAAGAAUAAGUAAUCUUAAAUUUAAUGCAACUACCGAAAUUCUGUCAGUAACAUCAGGAUAUUGUUCAAAUGCAGUGAAACUAGUACAUAUACCUUCUUACCAUGUUUACUCAAAUUUCCCCAACCCUAAGUUUGAUCUUCAUCGGGUGAAUCUAGUGAACUUUUCACCCAACAGUGGGUACAUGGCACUCAGCAACAACAUGGGAAGUGUGUAUUUAUAUAGACUUAAGUAUUAUAAGAAUUAUUAAUAAAUAAACUGUCCAAUGCCACAA